AUGUAUCUAUCGGUCCACGCUGUGUUGCUUUGGUCGUGGACAUUACCGCGAACGACAAUACCGCGAACGACAUUACCGCGAACGACAAUACCGCGAACGACAUUACCGCGAACGACUUUACCGCGAACGACAUUACCGCGAAUGACAUUGCAGCGAACGACAUUACCGCGAACGACAAUACCGCGAACGACAUUAUCGCGAACGACAUUACCGCGAAGACUUGUUUCUUUCACUAUUUCCAAUUCCACAUCAAAACGUACGCUGCUGCCGACCAUAUACGUGGCAAUUUUAAAUCACCCGGUGAUUAUGUGGCUAAUUAUGUAUCUAUCGGUUCACGCUGUGUUGCUUUGGUCGUGGACAUUACCACGAACGACAUUACCGCGAAUGACAUUGCCGCGAACGACAAUACCGCGAACGACAUUACCGCGAACGACAAUACCGCGAACGACAAUACCGCGGUAA